GUCUUCGUCUCAGUUGGUUCCACAGAUACACUUUCACAAAUAUUGUAUAUCUAAUCUUCUCUAUGCUAGCUGUUCCACGUCCACCAAUGAGAUCAAGCACAGGAAGUUUGGCACAAUGGACAGGAUACAGAUGCAAUGUUUUCCUGUUUCAUUCAUCCCUGUUGCGAAAGCAUAAUGCCUUAGGUAGCUCUUUCUGAAUCUGUACAUUUAUAUCUUACGUAGAUUGAAUUGGUGUAGGAAGACUCAGACAAAGCAAGGUUAGCUGGAUAACAAAGUGUGUUUUCACAGUAGUUUAUCUAAGUUCACAUAGUUGCAUUACACCUAUUUUGUUUUAAAUGAGCUUGGUAUUAUUCCUAAUACAAAGGAAUAGGAGACAAAGCGAGAAGUUCAUGUGAUUUUAGUGUUCUUCAGAGAUCAUCUUACAGAAGCCUGCACACUGAGGCCCCGCCCACCGCCUGCCAAUCACUCUUAAAGGCCACGUCUCAAAGCUGUGUUCACAUCCAGAGUUUACAGCAGAAACCCUUCAUCCCUGAAUGCGAAAGCAUUGCUGAACAGGAGGUGAAUAAAGCAGGCAGUAUGCUGCGGUGGAGAGUGUCGAAACCCGCUGUGCUGAGUCUGGUGUUAGUCCAGGCGGCUGCAGUGGUGCUUCUGUACGGCUGGUACAGCCGUCCGCAGUCUCCGAACACGGCUGCGUCCGAGGGCAAGGUGCAUGUGCUGCUGCUGUCCUCCUGGAGAUCCGGCUCCUCCUUCCUGGGCCAGGUCUUCAACCAGCAUCCCGACGUCUUUUACCUGAUGGAGCCCGGCUGGCACGUGUGGACCUCUAUCCAGCAGGCCGGCGCGCGCAGCUUAAGGAUGGCAGUACGCGACAUGAUCCGCAGCGUCUUUCAAUGCGACAUGUCGGUGAUGGACGCGUACAUGCCUCAGCCGCGCAACGUCUCCAAGCUCUUCAUGUGGAGCCACAGCCGCGCGCUCUGCUCUCCGCCGGCCUGUUUCCUCACGGCACGCGACGAGAUCAGCAAAGAGCAAGACUGCAAGCUGAACUGCGACACGCAGGGUUUGAAGCUCGCCGAGGCGGCGUGUCGGACUUACAGCCAUGUGGUGCUAAAAGAGGUGCGCUUCUUUGAGCUGGAGUCGCUGUAUCCGCUAUUGCGCGACCCGAGUUUGGAUCUGCGUAUCAUCCAUCUAGUUCGCGACCCUCGAGCGGUGCUUCGUUCCCGCGAGCAGUCGGUCAAAGCCCUGAUCAAAGACAGCGCUAUCGUCCUGGAGCAGGCUAAUGUCCCUGAAAAGGAGAAGUCUUAUCAGGUCUUGCAGGAGAUUUGUCGCAGCCACGUGCGAAUUUUUGAAACCGCCACCUUAAAGCCACCCGAUUUCCUAAGGGGGCGCUAUAAAAUGGUACGUUAUGAGGAUCUUGUGCACAACACGCUAGCUGAGAUAGAAGCCAUGUACGAGUUUGUGGGUUUGGAGAUGACAGAAGGUCUCCAGGAGUGGAUCUACCGCAUCACGCACGGGAAGGGCAAGGGAACGAAGAAGGAGGCCUUUAAGAUCACCUCGCGAAACGCCGAGGACGUCUCCCUGGCUUGGCGAUCCACCUUACCGUUUGAGAAGGUCCAGCGCAUCCAGGAGGUCUGCAAAGGAGCCAUGACUCUGCUGGGAUAUAAGACGGUGGACAGCGAGAAAGAGCAGAAGAUGCUGGAUUUAGACGUGAUGACCCCACGAGAGCGCUAUCAGUUCAGCUGGAUGCCCUCCAAAAGCACGACCGCAAAAGUAUCGAAAGCAUAAAGACCAAAGAACUGUGGCAUUUGCCCUUCGGUUUUGUUCUCGUUUGCUUCAAAUCGAACUUGAGUGUCCCACUGAGCUGCAGAGAACGGGACACUAGAGCAAUAAAGCGCUGUUCUCCUCCUUAACACAGCUUUUAACAUUGGAUCCUGUUUUUGAGGAAGUUAUGGUCCAAUAAUGAACUUCAAGAUGUAUUUAUUGACACAGAAACUAUUAUGGUGUUUUUUGUUUACGAAAAGAAUGUUGCAUUUCAAAUUGACGUUGUUGAAUUAGAACUGCGAUUGAACAAUUCGUCAGUUACGCAUUGAGGUGGCAGAAAAACACUGGUAACAAGUGGAGGGGAAACGGGUAAAAUCCACAGAAUAAGAGAAGAAAAUGCAUUGUUGUGCCUUUGGAUGUCAGAAUCGGAAUGCAAAUUAUUUUUAUAGAAUACAAAGAUGCCAUUUGAAGCUAAACGCAGACAGACUGUUGAUGAAAACUGCUAUUUUUAAAGCAUAAAUUUGAUUUAAACAAUAGGUCUACAUAAUAUUCACGUAUAUGCAGUUCAUAGGGGACAUGUUGUAUUAGCCCUACAGUUACAGCAUGAAAUAUUAAGUAAACAUAUAACAUUGACCUAUUUUUACAAUUCUCUCACAGGUCUCACAAUUCUGACUAUUUUUCUGGCAAAUGCAAGUUUAUCCCUAGGGAUAAACACAGACAAGGCUUAAGCCUAGUUCCAGACCAAAAUGUAAGUCUGAGCUGUUUCAACUGGAAGUAACUUGCACCUAUUGAUCUUAAAAUAGAUCAAUGCCUUUGUUUUGUCUCAAGAUGGACUCCAAUAAUGUUUUUUUUCUAAGGCACGUUUAUAAAAAUUACUUAAAUGUCCUAAUUUGAACUAUGGCCUAAUCCUGGCUUAGUCUAAGCCCUGUCUGUGAAACCAGGCCUAUGUCUCCUAGUUCGGACUCGAUUCAACUCAACAAUAGUGAGUUUGUCAAUUCUGAGGGGAAAAAAGCCAGAAGUGUGGGAAAAGAGAGAAUGACGAGUUGUUUUUUUCUUAUCUGAAUUAUCUCUCAGAAUUGCGAGAAUAAAACCAUAAUUUUGAAAUCUAAACUCAAAUUUACCUUUUUUAUUAUUCUUUAAUUAUAUGGCUUCCAUAGACUGCUACUUAAAAACUGUCAUUUUCUGCCACCAGGUAGGCUCCGCCCACAAAAAAACACGUCAACACUGGUUGCAAACACAAAAUUGGUCUAUGGGACUGUUUCUCUCGUGUGUGUGUGUUUAUAUCACAAAACUGACAUUCAGCUUCCUACAGAUUUACACAGACUCUGACCGCAUGAAGCUGAAUAUAUCAACGUCUUUGUGAAGAAAGUAGUUCCUGCUCCUGGAGACCCACUAUCCCGCAGAGUUUGGCUACAAACCUAAUCAAACACACCUGAAACUGCUCAUCAAGCUCUUCCGGAUCACUCGAAUCACAGGCCGGAUGUGCUGGAGCAGUUUAUACAGUGGGACCCAGGAGCAGGGGUCUAGACCUGGGAAGCAGUUGAUAUUUGAUUGUAUGUUUAGAUGUUAUGCUAGAGUUUUCUUAGCUUUAGACCAGUUGUUGUCCAUGUUCUUGCUGGAUUUAGACUUUAAUCAGACUUGGACCAGAAAAAAAAAUCGUUCCAACUCUAAAAAAAAAAAAAUGGCACAUCCAAUCACAUUUGUAAAAGUCGCGCAUCGGUUGAAUCCUUGCCUCAAGUUGCUGUGGAGCACUUUGCUUAACUGAACAAACACAGAAAGACACACAGUGGAUAAAUAUGGGUGCAAGAGCCAAAAAUAAUGCAGAAAUUUAACGCAAAUUAAAGUAUCUAAUUGCCUAAAAAGUUCCCACAAAGCUCCUAUAAGCAGGAUUUCAGAGCAUCCAGCUCUAAAUGCAUACAAAGUAAAAAGUAGUGCUGUCAAACGAUGAAUCGCAUGCAAUAUAUAUAUAUAAAUACACGCACAUGCAUGUAUAUAUUUAAGACAAAUGUUACGUUUAUAUAUUAAAUAUUCGGUCCCGCUUUAUAUUAGGUGGUCUUAACUACUAUGUACUUACAUCAAAAUAUAAGUACAAUGUAAUUAUUGUGUUCAUACUGUAUUGCAAAACACUUCUGCUGCUAUUGAGGUGUGAUUCGGGUAAGGUUAGGGACAGGUUUGGUGGUAUGGGUAGGUUUAAGGGUGGGUUAAGGUGUAAGGGAUGGGUCAACAGUGUAAUUAUAAAUGUAAUUACAGAAAUUAAUUACAAAUGUAAUUACAUAAAGGUAUUAUUAACAAUAUAUGUACAAUGUAAGAACAUGUAUGUACACAAUAAGUGCAUUGUACCAAAUGAUUAAUUUAAAUGUAAGUACAUAGUAGUUAAGGCCACUUAAUAUAAAGUGGGACCAAAUAUUUAUAUACAGUAUGAUAUCAUUUAUAUGAAUGUAAAUCAUUUCAAAAUAUAUGCUGUAUGUGUGUAUUUAUAUAUACACAGUACACGUAUGUAAACAAACUUUUAUUUUGGAUGCGAUUAAUCGCGACUAAUCAACUACAAACUAAAGUUUGACUGCACUAGUAAAAACAUUUAUUAAAAAUAAAAUAAUCGCCAAUGAUUGUACAAUAAUUAAUAAAUAAAAUAAAAAUAAAUAUAAUUAUAGUAUAAUCUCCACUUAAGUUAUAUAAUUUCAGCCAAAAUUAAAUAAUUACCAGGAUUCAAGUUGUACUCUGUGUGUAUAUUAGAAAUAAAUCCUGGGUGAGUUACUAGCAAAAAAUCCAAACGUUUGAUUUCCAAGCGAACAAUAACGUACAAUUGAUCGAGUAUGUAAGUUAUGGGAAUACUAUAAUAUUGGAUUUUAUAUGAAGAUAUUUAGGAGACCGUUAAACAGCCUACAGUUCGGGUGAACUAUAUUACUUGGGGAAAAGAUUGUUUGUUUAUUCUUUUAAUAUUUAUUUCACAUUAGGGCCAAAAGUGUUGUUCCUGACAGUUUAUAGAUCAAGAGAGGCCUGUGCAUUACAUGAGGACAAAAGAAGGAAAACUUUUUUUUACAAGACAAAAUGCACACCGAAUCAUGAGACCAUCUUACACUGUUUCACUUAGAAUGUGAAUGUAUCUUGUUUUGAGGAUAUUUAGUUAUUGUACUGGAAAGCAAAGCGAAGAUGCUCAUUUUAAAGUAUCAGUUUGUCUAUCUCUACCAAACUGCUUGAGCAAGAGUCCUCUUGAAAGCUCAGUGUUAGUUAAAGUAAUUGGAAGAAAAUCAACUUUAGGUAGGUUACUGUUCUGAUUAUAUCCAUUAGAAAAAAAUAACUGAUUUUUGUCAUCCAUGUAUUUAUCUGCUCUUAACUAUUUAAAUACUUGAGUGAUUUCAAAAUGAAAUGAUUUGGGAAGAGGGGAAAAAAAAUGUUUUGGGCUCUUCAAAUUUACUAAAAGUGAUUUAAAAAAAAUUGCAUGCUCAAAGUUUUGAAAGGUGAAAAUGUAUGUACUGAUUAGAGAGUGAAACAGAUUUUUUUAUGACGCCAAAUUAAUAUUUUUCUAUGCCAUGUGUUCUUGGCCAUCACUAACCAAUUUGAAAGUGUUGAUAAAGUGAUGAACAGACACUGCUUUGAGUUUAUGACUUGUUUGAUUUUGGUAAGCCAAUUGGUAUGUCAGAUGCAUGUCUACAUUUUGCAGUACUGAGGUACUGCUUUGUUUGUCAUUUGCAUAAAAGCUUUUAUUAUUCUUUGUACCUGUUCUAUAGAAUUUCUCUGUAUACACUGACAUUUGGAACCUAAUGUGAUCAAAUGUAAACUAUUUUAAAAUUGAUUACUUUUUUCUGAUGUUAAUUGAGGUAUUGCCGUUUUAUGAGUUAAUGUUUGAUUUCAACAGAAGCUGGUAUUUUAUGGUGUUUUAUUAUGUUUGAAUCACAUUGAUUUAUAUUCAACACAUCAUGUCAAGCAGUGUCUUAAAUUGGUGCAAGUGAAAUGAAGAUAAAGAUAGCACACAGUCUCUUGUGUGACUCUAGAGAAUAUAUUUUGUUAACUGUUGCUGUGAUCAGGAGGGAAGUCUGAUAAUGCAUCCAUCAUAAUCUAUUCUGUUUUAAAAAACUAGAGGGAGAAAGUGAGGUUUUAGAAGUAAAAUCAUGGUACACAUUUAGCUCGUCAGUAUUUAUGCUUGGCUUCAGUACGUUUUCUCUAGGUUUAUAAUUAAUGUUGGUCUUUUGGUUGUUUGCAACAUUAUGCAACAUAUCAUUCAUGGUUUGCCUAAAUGUGUCUGUCUAAUCAAUGUGGAGUAAAAAUGUUUAGGUACCGUACAAACACUUUCUUUGACAACUGAUCAUUAAAACCCUGCUGUAAUAAUAAAAGCUUUUAUCUCUGUACAA